GUGGCAUCACUGGACAGCUGCUGGCGGCUCUUGGGCAACUUCUGCAGCAAGAGUGGGGGCCCAGGUUCCCAGGGAUAAUGUCUACAUGGCACCUGACGCCCACCAUGGCCAGGGAUGAUGCGAGCUGAUUUGCAUCCUCCAGAAGAACUCCUGCAAACUGGCAGUCUCAUCGCAGCUCAGGAUCUUACCCAUCUCUCGAGUCACACGUAGCAUCCAAGCCUUCAGGCUGUGACUGUCCUGAAAGCUGCCUAGAGCAGGAGCGUAGCACUGGCUUGAAGCUGAGGGGAGCAGGAUGUCUCAAGAGAAUCUUUUGAGCCUGGAUGAGGGAGCCCUCCGGAAACUGCUGGAGGCCACGCUGGACCUUGCUGAACGGCGCCAGAUCCGCUCUGCCAUUCGGGAGCUGCGGCGGCAGCAGCUGGAACAGGAUGAAGGGACGUUGGCAUCCAAGCGCUUCCGAUCUGAACGUGGCAGCCACCGACAGGAGAACAAGGAGAACUGGCUGCGGUCUCAGCAGCUAGAAGAGGAGCAGCAGAAAUCCCUGGCUCUGUUGUCAAGGAAGCUUGAAUCCAUCACAGAUCUGGAGGAGCUGACAGCCUUGUUGCGAGGAGCUGGCGAGUAUGAAGAGCGCAAGCUGAUUCGGGCUGCUAUCCGGAAGCUGCGGGCUGAGGAGAUUGAGGCUGCAGCCUUGGCAGGGCAGGUGUACAGCAGCCGGAGAGGUGAUGAUGAGCUGCUGGGUGCCAAGGGGAAAGAGAGUGCAGAUGGGGGCUACUCUGUGAUUCAGGAACUAGAGAACCUGGAGGAGCAGGAGAAGAUCCGAGCUCAGAUCGGGGAACUGCACAGUGAACAGAGAAGAGAACCCCAGAACCCUGAUGGCCAGGAUACAGCCUCAGGGACUCUACUACUACUGGAUCCACUUCCUAACCAGCAUCCCUCAAGCUCUUCCUUGUCCUUGGAGCCAGAGCUGGAGCCAGAGUCUCAGCAGAGAGCUGAGAGUCCAAAGUGCAGCUCUCAGGGCACUGACUCUGAGCCUGAGGCUGAGCAAUCCUGCAAAUCCACCUGGAAGGAGGAGAGUCUGGAGAGCUCCUCCACCAUGAGGAAGGAUGGGAAGGUGUUCAGCCAGCCAGCAGGAGUCAGUGACAAGACCAGUCAGGAAGAGCCAGAGCAGCAAGGGGUACCUGCUCCCAUAGAAGACAGCCAGGUUGAGAAGUCUUGCCCAAGUCUGUCCAGCACUGCAAGCCAAAGCAGCCAGUUCAUCAUCUGUAUCAAAGACCAGGUGUCCAAAAAACCUGCAGGCAUCACAGACCAGAAGCGAGCAGCAUCUACCCAUGAUGUACCAGGAGCCCCUGCACACCUGGGUACCCGCCAAAGUGAGCACACGCAGUCCAUGCUGUUCUUCCCUCCCCGAGCCAGCAGCACAGAACCUUUGCGGGAGCAGCCUUUCCAGAGAACCAACUCCGUGCGGGAACGUGCCCGCAAAUUCACCUCAGAGACUCUGGGGCCAUCUUCCCUGGCCAGCCCCAGGCCAGGCAGCCAAAAGUGGGAGAGCAUUGGCAAAGGCUCCCGGGUCCUGCAGCAACAGCAGCACUUCUUGCACCCCGAGAGUGCCAGGGGCUUGCAUGGGGCCUAUGCCCAACACAUGGUAGACUUACCUACAGGUGUUCGAUGUGGACUCAGCCCAGCCCGUGCCGUGCCCUCGGGAGCCAAGGCAGGUGCCCAGCAAGCCAUCAGCCCUGCAGAACAGAGCACCUCCUCUUUGGAGGAAAAAGCUGCAAUUGCCAGGCAUCCCACUGGGCCCCCAGUCUGCCCUAAAGAGGAGGGCAGCUCUGGGAGGAGGGGCCAGGCUGGCCAAUCACAAGGCGGCCUGCUGACGUCCCCCUGGAGGUCCAUUGAAAACUCGGAGGGAAGCACAAACAGCUCAGAGCAGCCCAGCAUCCAGCAAGUUGUGUUGCCGCCCUGCCGCCCUGCCCAGCCCCAGCUUUCUGCCCCUGACACCAAGGCCAGUGCCAAGGACAAGGACACCAUGAAAACGUGCUUCACCAUUGAGAUCAAGGAUGGCCGAACCCAGCCUGCAAGCAGCUGCAUUGUGGGCAGACCGGGCAGCCAGCAGGCAGAGCUUACUCUGGGGCUGCGGAGCACUCCCAUUCGGAUCACUACUACCACCACCAGCAACAUCAGCAGCACCGGUAAUGCUGGUCCAGUACCUGUACUGCACUCCAGCAGCAUCAGUAACGUCAGCAAGAUGGACCCUGAGCUGGUGGAGCAGCCCCAGGUGAUGGGGAAGAAACCAGAGCUGUCCAAUGGGAUGGAGAAGGCUGAGGUGAAGGAGCUGGACAAAAGGAGCAAGCUGAGUGCUGAAGAACUGAGCAGAAUUGAGGAUGAAGACAUAUUGGAUAAGAUGUUGGACCAAAGAACAGACUUUGAAGAGCGGCGACUGAUCCGUGCUGCCAUGCGGGAGCUGCGCCAAAGGAAGAGAGAGCAGCGGGAAAAGGAACGGGAUCACCGGCUGCAGGAGAUGAAGAGCCAGCCCACGGCAGGGAGGGCAGGCCAUGCCACCGAGACCACCACCAGGCAAAGCACCCAGUCAGCCGAUGGCUCAGCCCACAGCACCGUCACCAAAACUGAGCGCCUCAUCCAGUCCAAUGAUGGCAGCAAGACUUCCCGUAUGACCACAGUAGAAUCGAGCUAUGUGAAGAGAUCAGAGAAUGGGAGCACAUUUCGCCAGACCAAAUCCUCCUACAGCUCUUCCUCCAAGAAGGUGGGCAGCGUCUUUGACCGUGAGGAUGAGACCACCUCACGGCAGGGCAGUUUAGCUGCACUGGAGAGGCGCCAGGCAGAGAAGAAGAAGGAGCUGAUGAAGGCUCAGAGUCUUCCCAAGACAUCAGCCACACAGGCGCGGAAGGCCAUGAUUGAGAAGCUGGAGAAGGAGAGUGGAGGUGCCUCAAAUCCAGCUGUCUCCCGUGUGGCUGUGCAACGCACUUCCAGCUUUGGUGUCCCCAAUGCCAGCAGCAUCAAGCAGAUGUUGCUGGACUGGUGCAGAGCAAAGACUCGGGGUUAUGAGCACGUAGACAUCCAGAACUUCUCCUCUAGCUGGAGUGAUGGCAUGGCCUUCUGUGCCCUUGUCCACAACUUCUUCCCUGAGGCCUUUGACUACAGCGAGCUGACACCUCAGAACCGCCGCCACAACUUUGAGGUGGCUUUCUCCUCUGCAGAGAUGCUGGUGGACUGUGUGCCCCUUGUGGAGGUUGAAGAUAUGAUGAUCAUGGGGAAGAAGCCUGACCCCAAGUGUGUCUUCACCUACGUACAGUCUCUCUGCAAUCACCUGCGGCGCCAUGAGCUACGCUUGCAGCAGAAAGAGCUCUAGAGCCUGCCCUGUUGCCCUGUGCAGCUGCAGCGGCUAAUAGACACCCUCCCAAUACUCUGCCUCUCCCCUCACAGGGACCCAGUUGUGCAGAGUGGGGCUUCACUUGCUCCCGGCAGUCUAGCCCUGUGGGGAGGCUGCCGCGAGGGGUCUGUGUGAUGCUGAGGGAUUAGCACUGCAUUGACUUCAGCUUUGGCCUGAGCUCCCUCCACUGUCUUCUCUGCUUCAAGGCAGGCUGAAACUGAGCUUUGUGGCCUGGCUGAUUGCCAAAAGCCAAACCAGGCUAAUAGUGCUCUAGAGGACUGAGGAGGCAGCACUCACUUCUGCAAGCUUGGGUCUCAUCCUUCCCUCCUGCUUUAUAUAGUAUUAAGUUAUUCAUCUUAAAGGAGUUGCCUCUAUCUUGUACAAUAACAAUGCCCCACUCCCUGGGUGUGGGGAAGCACUGUGUGUGUGUCUGUUUCAGGCUAUGGAUGCAUUUGUUUCCAAGGCCCAGAGUGACCAUCUGAGACCCUGGGGGUUUGUCUGCCUGGAUCCAUGCACCCCCAGGGUUUCUGGAUGUGUGUGGAUCUCUCAGUACUGGCCCCCAGAGAUGUCUCUGGAUAUGGUGCAUUGUAUGCAGCCCUGCAAAGUUGUGAUCCUUAGAACUUCGGAAGGGAGUCUUCCUGCCCAAUGCAGCCUUUACUUGGUGCCCUCUCCCUCAGUAAGUAGAGGUGCAUUGAUACAUUGGUCCAUAUUGUAUUGGCACCGAUAAAAGGAAAAUUGACAUUAUUGGCAUUUGGCUUUUUUUGGCUGAGGUGGCCAGUAAUGUCACUGAUAAAUGUGUGUGCACACAGCUGCAGUAUGCACACAAUGCAGCCCGGCAGCAUAGAGAGCAGCAUCCAGCCGGUAAGUCUGUUAGGGAGGAAGGGGAAUGGGGGAGGGAAGGAGCAAAUCAAGGCUCCCAUGGUAAGGGAGGGAGUACGGCUGGGGCAGGCAGUGCCCAGCCAGGAUGGGUUGCCCAACAGAGCCAGUGGUUCAUCCAGGGGGAGGCUCCCACCACUGUGUGCACCCCUGGGGGAGGCAUGGGGAGCAUGUGCCCCCACGGAUCUGUGUGGGGCGUGGGUGGGCUGCCACUGUGCGCUCACGGCCAGUGCUGCUCUAGCCUAUUCCCUGCAGCUGCACUCGAGCUGGGCUAGGCAGGGAGGCUCUAGCCCCUUUCCUUCCCCUCCCUGCCCCGUAGUCCCCUCUCCCAGCACCGCCACCUGCUCUGCCUGGCCUGAGCGCAGCUGCAGGGCAGAGGCUGGAGCAGCUGUGGCCCCAAGCAGGCAGCCCACCCGUGUCCCAUGCACAGAUUCAGUAGGGCACAUGCCCCUUAUGCCUCCCCCAGGGGUGCGUGCAGCUGCAGGAGCCAUCCCACCGCACCCCCUGGAUGAGCCACCAGCUCCGUCCCACACCCUGCCCUGGCUGGGCAUUGCCCGUCCUAGCCCCACUCCCUCCCUUCCCAUGGGGGCCUCAAUUUGCCCCCCCCCCAACAGACUUACCAGCCAGACGCUGCUCUCCAAACUGCCAGGCUGCAUAUCAGCAAUCAUCAGUAUCGGCUGAUAUGACUGGUCAAUAAUCGGCCAUCAAUAUCAGCUCAACAAAUCAUUGGUGCACCCCUAUCAGUAAGCUCCAUCCAGUGUUGUGAACGUAUCUGGCUACAGCACCUACCCUAGUGUUCUUCCUGUUGCUCACUCCCACACCUAGGGGCUGCCACUUCUGUGGAGAGUAGCAUCACCUUUUGCCCUGGGGGAUCUGGACCAAAGACAGGAGGGAUUGAGUUUAUGGGGGGCAGACCCUUUCCAAAAGGGAUGGGCUGGAUAGCACCUCUGGGAUGGCCCUGUCUCUGUUCCACUUGUUCCCUGCACUGUGUCCUGGCUCUAGGGCCUGCCCCCCAUGCUCUGUACCACUUGCCAAUUCACCGUUUCCACACCUUUGAAGACACGUGCCGGUUUCAGCCAGACAAUAAAUUCUACAGACAGCUGUUAUACAACUGUA